CGCGCACCGAGCAGCGGCUGCAGCUCCUCUCCGGUGAGACCGAGGCGGAGGGAGGAUGAAGAAAAGCACCCAGAGAGGACGGGGCCCGCAGGACGCAGGGCCACCGGCACCGCUGCAGCCGGAGAAGACGGGCUGGAUCAGGAAGUUCUGCGGGCGCGGGAUCUUCAGAGAGCUGUGGAGGAGCCGGUACCUGGUUCUGAGAGGAGACACGCUGUACAUCUGUGAGAAAGAGGUGAAGGACGAGAGGAAGGCUCAGGAGGUUUUGGACCUGGCGGAUUACGAGCGUUCGGAGGAGCUGAGGAAGGCGAAGAGUCGCAGUAAGAAGAACCACAGCCGCUUCACUCUGCUGCGCUGCCGGAGGCCGGGGAACUCCGUUCCUAACCUCCUGUUCCUGGCUGUGAGUCCUGAGGAGAAGGAGUCCUGGGUCAACGCUCUGAACGUGGCCAUCAUCAAGGCCAAGAACCGCAUCUUAGACCAGGUGACCCUCGAGGAGGAAGGGUCUCUGGUUCAUCCCACCAGAGAUCGAGCAAAGAUCCCUCAGGGCCGCCGGCUGCCGACCAGAGGACACCUGCUGGCCGUGGCGUCCACCUCCUCCCACGGGAUGCUGACCCUGGAUCUGGUAGCAGAGGAGGACGGUUUCUCGUACGACGCUGACUCUCGGGGGUCCUGGGAGGCCGACCUGCCUCGGGGGGGCUCCUGUGGUCAGGUGGCAGCUGAGGGGUUCUCGGGGCUCGGUGUCCGGCAGCGAGCGGGAACAGACGUCUCGAAGCUGAGAGUCUCCAAGGAGCCCAAAGUGAAGACCAGCAGCCUGCCCAGAGGGAGCGAGCUCUCCUGGGGGAAACACCCCCACCCCGAGCCUUCAAAGACCCUCAAGAACCAGCAGGUCCUUCAGGCCCAGAGUCGGACGCCUCAGCCCGGGAAGAGGUUCAGCAUGCAGGGCCGAGGGCGCUGCGCCUCCAUGGAUGAAGUCCUGUCCUCCAGACCGGCGAUGAUUCGCUCUGAGUUUCGCUCGGCUCUCCGGCGCUGCCCGACAGAGGAGGGGUCGACGGAGGGGUCGACGGGGGGGUCGGGGGGCUCGGGGGUGGGCCAGCUGCAGAGCCUCAUCGCUCAGAGGAUGCAGCGAGCGCAGGAGCUGCUGGAGGAGAUGAGGCUGGAGGAGCUGCAGAAAGCCAAGGCGGAGCGAGAGCGGGGGGGCAGCUCCCCCUACCUGAAGGGCAUCGACUCCCCCCGCCUGCAUCACCUGCGAGGAUCAGACUCCCCCCACUCUAGUAAAUCGUCUGGUUCUCCUCGCAGCAGGAGUAGCGACUCCCCUCGUCUCCGGGGGAGAGAUUCUCCCCGUCUGAGGGGGAGGGAGUCUCCUCGGUCCAAAGCCAAGAAGAACCGAUCUAAAGGGACGGACUCGCCUCGCUCCAGAGGAUCCAGCGACUCCCCCAAACCCAGCGACUCCCCCAAACCCAGCGACUCCCCCAAACCCAGCGACUCCCCCAAACCCAGCAACUCCCCCAAACCCAGCGACUCCCCCAAACCCAGCGACUCCCCCAAACGCCUCACCGUCUCCGAGGCAGCGCGACUCAAACUGUCUUCGAGCUCCAACAAGGAGGACGACCCUCCUGAUUCUGAUUCCCCUCCCGACUCCCCCCAGGUUAAAGGGUCAGAUUCUCCCCAGGGGGGCGCCUCCCCUCGGCGGGGGAGCCGGGAGGGGUCUCGCCUCCUCUCCUCCCCCUCCUCCCCUCCAGAGGAGGACGUGGAGGUGGGGAGGAGGCGCGACGAGGCGGAGCGUCUGCUGGAGGAAGCCGUGUCGUCGUGGCAGGAGGCGCAGCAGAUCCUGCAGGAGGUGAAGGAGCUGCAGAGCCAGACGCUGAGGCGCCAGCGCAGGAAAACCUACGAGAAGAUGGAGAGGAAGAAGGAGGAAGAGGAGGAGACACCGGCAUCACCCACCUCUCCCGAGGACGAAGGGUCUGAGACACCAUGAGACCCCUCCUCAGAUACUCCUUCUCUGGAUCUUAGUGUAGCAGUGUCUCAAUAAAAACUCUUUGAGGAUUUUCUAAAUUGUACUCCUCAGGGUUUUCCUCCGACACCCCGAGCUGAUGCUCCGAUCCGAUCCAAUAAUACUUUAAUGGUCAGAUCAAGUCUGAAAUGUGACUUGCAUCACAGCAGCUCCAUGUGUAACAUCAACAUAGACAAACAUACUCAAAGACCCUUGAUCAGCUGUGAGAGACGCCGAUAAGCGCCAAUGUUGUUUCUACGGGUUGUACCGACCUCAGAACAAAUAAAGCUCUCUGAUUGGCUGUUAAGCAAAGACAAACCAUCAUGAAAACAACAAAUCCCCGCCAUCAGGAUCACACCGUCUGUUUUCAUUUCACAUCUGAUCGUUAAAAAAAACAGGACUUUGGAUAUCUCCACGACGACAUGAAGACGUGAAGUGAGAACAGAGUGUUUGUCCUCACAAUCCUGCGUCUAACAGCUGAUUGGACGAUGGCCUCUUCCUGUGAUUCAGGAGCAGAAUUCAGGUCCUCCGGGGGUCUCCUCUCUGCACUAACCCCCCCUGAUUUCCCCUCUUUGAGUCUCUCUUAAUUGACUAAAUGUUUAAUGAGGCGCUCCCCGUCUGUGAUCUCAGACACAAAGUCUUCCUCACAGAUAUUCAGGUUCAGGAAAUAAAAAAAGACAUUUUGUGGUUUUAAGACUUUUUUCAAAGCUGAGAUGUCAACGUUUAUACGAAGGAGAUUUUUUUAAAUGACAAAAGCACUGAAGAGCACAAUCUUUCCUACAGCACUGAUUAUUAAUCUUUAUAAUAUAUAUGAUGUCUUCCUUUAGUUCCCAACGUGUCUGUGUUUCACCAGCUGCAGAAAUCAGGGAGUUUAAUAUUUAAUAUUUCACAGCGUGACGAGAGAAUAAGCAAUAAUGUCUAAACACUGUACAAAAACCUGAAACUGUGAUUAUUGACACAGGAACGUUUACAAGACGAUAAUAUGACCGUUAUUUUUAUUAUUAAACCCGUUCUUACACCAGCUGAGGAUCAGGCUUUAGUAAAACAAGGAUCAUCUUCAUCGAACCUCGACUCAAAAGCACAACACAGAACGACUGAGAUAUGAACUGAUGAUUAUAUGUGAUUUACAUUUGGGACAAAGUUUACAAAACACGGAUUUAUAUACCAUGUAUUUCAUGUCUCCUAACAAUCAUGAUGAAGUGUCCGUGCUGCUCGGACACGAAGAUAGAGUUUUAUAUGAGAAAAUGUUCACGUUGCCAACACGACACACUGACGUUAACGUAGUACAGAUUAAAAUUAUGAACACUUCUCGAACACUUAAUGACAUUUUGCCAAUAUUGCUAAAUCUGGAAAAAGGUAUUUAUGUAUUAAUCCAGAAGAAAGAGAGGAAGACAGAAAUCCAGAUUAUUGAUGAAACUAGGACGUAUUACUAAAUUACACAUUAACUGAUAAAAAUGCACUUUCUGAAAGUACGGACGACACGAAGAGCUGCCGAUCGUUUCCUUUAAACGUCAGAAAUCUGAUGUUUUCUUUUUGUAAAUCACUUCUUGUGUUCGUUGGUGAAAAUGUAAUUGAAUUCUGCACAUUUAUUUCAGUUUUUGGUCGAAACGUCUGAACUUCUCUCCAGUUUUAGUGAUGUUUGCACAUCAGACGAUGCUCUGUGAGUUUAUAACGUGGUGCACUGUUAGAGUAUGUUAAAUGUUUUCUGAUCAUUUAUUUACCUUCAGAUUUAUAUGUUGAUGUUUUUGAA